AUGAGCAUCCAAACGGUACGAGACUGGUUUAGGGCCAUAGAUGAAGGGAACCGCGCUAAAAUACGAGCUAAGUUGCGCGAAUUUAAGGGCUCUAAAGACGAGAACGGUGAGACAGGCCUCAUGCGAGCUGUGCGCAACCAGGAUCUCGAUACGGCUCUUCUGUUGGUUGAGCACGAGCACUCCAUGACAAAUUACGAUGGCUACACGGCCAUUAUGCUUGCGGCCUUGAUGGACAGCACGGAGGCCUGCAAGCUAUUGAUGUCCUUUGAGCUUGACUCUAUCCUUCCAGAUGGGAGGACGCCGCUCAUGCUUGCUGCUGAGAGAGGUAAUCUCCAUGCUAUUAAGGCGCUUCUUCCCCACAAUCGCUUCAUCUACGACGAGAACGGAAAGACAGCUCUCUGUUAUGCGGCGGAGAACGGGCACUUCGAGGCGGUGAGGAUGCUUGUGGAGUGCAACGGAGACAAGCUCUGUAGUGAUGCGAAGAUUGCCCUUGUUGCAGCGGCCAUGAACAAGCACUCUAAGAUAAUUGACUAUCUUGCAGAACACCAGAACAGACACGGCGUUGGCGCCGAGCCUUCCCAUGUAUACACCGCCAGGGCAGGGGAUUCCGAUGUGAACAUCAUACAGAAUCCAAACGAAACUAAGAAGAGCAUUAUAAACGAUCUCGAAGACCUGAAGAGCCUAGUGAAGCUAUACAAGGAUGAGUCGAAAGCGAAGGACAAGGCCAUUGAGAAUUAUGAAUCCCUUGUCGCCGAAUCUAAUAUCACCGAUGGAUACGGUAACAUUGGGAAUAGUCAGAAUCUGAACUCUUCAGUGCAGGGAUCUGUCGUCCACAGCACGAGCAACUACUCCCCAGAUAUGCGAGGGGUUGGAAACAAUCCCUACAGGCAUGACGACUCUGCUCAAGUCAGACCUGCCCCCGGGCCUGGACACACCGUGAAUCUCGCCGACCUCGAUAGGUCUGACUAUAACACAUGUGAAAGAACAGCAAGGUAUGAUGGAAUGUCAGAGCCACUUGUCGGUAACACUGAUCUAAUGCUGGCUGCCCAGAAGGGCGAGGUCCGAAAAGUCAAGGCCCUUAUACCCAAGCAGGCUGGGUUAGCGAACCGGGCAGGCUACACCGCUCUGAUGUUCGCUUCUCAAAUGGGACACACGGAGGUUGUUCAGCUUCUAGUUGAUAAAGAGGGUGGGAUGACUGACAAGGAUGGGUACUCAGCUCUCAUGACUGCUGCGUACAAUGGAUAUGCAGACAUUGCCCGUAUUCUAGUAGAUAAGGAAGGGGGAAUCCGCAUGAAGGAUGGAUGGACGGCUCUCAUGUCGGCAGCAAACCACGGCUAUUACGAUGUCGUGAAGGUGCUCAUUGGGCGCGAAGGGGGAUACCAGACCCGCAGGGGCCAGACAGCAAUGAUGCUUGCAGCGCAACGUGGUUAUUUAGACAUCGUCAGAGCUCUCAUCCCUAAGGAGGCGAAGAAGGUUGAUGCGCGUGGGAAGACGGCGUGUAAGAUUGCCUCUGAUUACAGCUAUUUCGAGAUCGUUAAUCUCCUCAAGAAGUUCGAGUAA